CUCUCUAUCUAUAUCUGUAAUUUUCGUUUUAAUUAUUGACUGAGCCAUUCGAUUUCGAUGUAACGACAUCAAUUAGGAAACUGUGGGAGUGAUUUGCCUUCAGUUGACUGUACACAAACUCACUGGACUGUGGGAGUCCUUCCCUUCUUUGUGUUCGAGGGAAUCUGGAAGUAGGAAAUUUUCGGUUCGGUUCAUGGAUUUGUAUGUGUUGUGACUUGCGAACUUCUGCUUCUGUUUACCAUGUGCUUCUAAAUUGUUCUCCUUAUAGUUCUUGAGAUUUUCGCGUGAGAUCGUGACCUUCCGCGUGGAGCUUCUAUUCUUUUUGUCCUGCUUCCAUGCAUUGGCAGAUAGAGAGGGUUCGGUGUCGGCUUCUCUUGCUUGGCAUUCUUGUUGCUUUAGUUGCAUGCUGCUUCGCUCAGCUUGCCUUUGGGCAGAUUACUCAAAGAGAAGAAGUAAUUGCCCUGAGAGCUGUCUGUCGUCAGCUCAAAGAUCCUAGGAAAGGACUGAGAAGCUGGAGAAAAGGCGACCCCUGCACGUCCAACUGGACAGGAGUCUUCUGUUAUUUCAAUUCGAACGAUGGUUAUCUACAUGUUCAACAAUUGCGAUUUCUCGGGAGGAACCUAUCGGGAACUUUAGCCCCCGAGCUUGGGAGAUUGAAACAUGUGACCAUCUUGGACUUCAGGUUUAACAAUAUGGGUGGAAGCAUACCCAGGGAGAUUGGCAACAUGACUUCGCUGAAUCUUUUACUUCUUGGCGGAAACCAGAUAUCAGGUCCUCUACCAGAUGAGCUUGGUUAUCUCCCGAAUAUAACUUUGUUUCAGCUGGAUUUGAACAACAUAUCUGGUCCACUGCCGAAAUCAUUUGCGAACUUGCCCAAAGCCAUGCACUUUCACAUGAAUAACAAUUCCAUCAGUGGCCAGAUUCCUCCCGAGCUCCAUAAAUUACCUCAACUCAUACAUUUGUUGUUGGACAAUAACAACUUAUCGGGGUAUCUUCCGCCAGAACUUUCUAGGAUGCCGAAACUGAGGAUCCUGCAAGUUGACAACAACAACUUCGAGGGGACAGAGAUUCCAGAGUCCUAUACCAACAUGAGCAAUCUCUUGAAGCUGAGCCUUAGGAACUGUAAGUUGCAGGGCGCUGUUCCGGACUUCAGCACCAUACCGAAACUUCUUUAUUUAGAUCUUAGCCAUAAUAAACUCAAUGGAACAAUACCAACAAAUAGGCUGUACUCCGGUAUCACAACGAUCGACCUUUCCAAUAACCAGCUGGGUGGAACUAUACCGUCAAACUUUUCUGGUCUUCCCCUCCUUCAGAACCUGUCUCUGGAGAAUAACUUCUUGAGUGGUGAUGUCCCAACGGAUAUAUGGCAGAAUACGAUUUUCGCUUCCAGUGCAAAACUCGUAUUGAAUUUCAGGAACAAUGCUCUUACAGAUCUUGCGGGGAGUCUUAAUCCUCCCUCUAAUGUCACCAUAAUGCUUGAAGGUAAUCCCAUUUGUCGAAGAGCGAACGAAUUAAACAUCGCCAACUCCUGUGGGAAUCAAAUUGACACAGGCGAGUCCCCGCCAAGUAGUAGUAAUAACACUUGCCCCAGUGCAUAUCUCUGCCCUGUCUCCGGAGGCUAUGAACUUGUCCCUGAUACUCCAGUAGGUUGCAAUUGUUCUGCACCAGUUGGAGUUGGAUUCCUUCUCACCAGUCCUAGUAUAUCGGAUUUCCCUCCGUAUUUCGACAUGUUCAGACACUACAUAACCUCAAAUCUUCGUUUAGAUCUCUACCAGCUGCAGAUCAAUACGCCAUUCAUCUGGGAGAAAGGUCACAGGCUUCGGUUGUUCCUGAAAUUCCACCCACACUACACUGAGAAUCAGUUCAAUGAGACCGCUCUCCAAGAUCUCAUAAACAAGAUCGCAAUGUAUUCGAUUCAUGGGAAUGACACCUUUGAUGAUAGGAUCCCAACAAGUUCGAGCAUGAAUAAGGGCGUCCUUGCUGGAAUUGUGCUAGGAUCCAUCGCUUGCGGGGGCAUCAUUAUCAUGGCUGUGGCAUUCAUUUGCUAUACUGUGGGCUGCAAGAAACAACAAGACCAAGACAGGAAGAAACAGACAGUUCCAAAGACUCCAAUGAAAAUUGAUGGCAUAAAAGGAUUCAGUUUUGAGGAACUCGAAAAGGCAGCAAGUAAUUUUGAGAUCGCGAGCCAGAUUGGCCAAGGAGGGUAUGGAAAGGUCUAUAAAGGAACCUUAGCAGAUGGAACAGUCGUGGCAAUUAAACGAGCACAGCAAGGUUCCCUACAGGGCCAGAAAGAGUUCUUUACCGAAAUAGAACUACUGUCACGACUCCAUCAUAGGAAUCUUGUUUCACUAAUCGGGUACUGUGAUGAACAGAGUGAGCAGAUGUUGGUUUAUGAAUUCAUGGCAAAUGGUUCUCUCCGCGACCUACUAUCUGAUGGUGCAGCAAGACAUGGAAGUCCUCUGAAUUUUGCAGCGAGAUUGCGUGUUGCAUUGGGGUCGGCGAAAGGAAUCCUCUACCUUCACACGGAGGCCGAUCCGCCCAUCAUACACCGCGAUAUCAAAGCAAGCAACAUAUUGCUGGACAGCAAGUUUAAUGCAAAGGUCUCAGAUUUUGGAAUUUCGAGACUCUUCCCUGAAGCUGAUGCUGAUGCAUCUGUGAGCGCUCAUAUAUUCACAUACGUGAAAGGAACACCUGGUUAUGUCGAUCCUGAAUAUUUUCAGACCCACCAAUUGACGGAGAAGAGCGAUGUUUACAGCCUCGGAAUCGUUUUCCUGGAGCUCUUGACAGGGAUGGAGACCAUUUCUCAUGGCAAGCACAUUGUCCAGGAGGUACUGGCAGCUUGUCGGGCAGAUCUGAUGUUCUCGAUAAUAGACCAGAGCAUAGGCCCUUACCCUGACGACUGCAUCAAGAAGUUAUUGGGGUUAGCUCUCAAGUGCUGUGAGGAGGAAGGUGAGGACAGACCCAUGAUGCUUGAGGUUGUCCGGGAACUCGAGAACAUUACUGCGACGUUGCCACAGUCCGACAUAAUAACACCUGAAUCGGAUGCUUCCAGUUCUGCGACGUCGGGCUCUGUCCUGUCAUCUAUUUAUGGAAGGGACUUUUCCACGUCCUCUAAUUUGCAGGGGAGUGACCUUGUGAGCGGAGUCAUUCCCACCAUUCGCCCCCGCUGAACACGCUGGUAACUGUAGUUUUCUACAUUUGCUGCAUCAAUGUGUAAAAUUCGUAACAUCUGGAGUUUACCUUAUCAAAGGGUGCUGCAAGAAUUUGAAGAUUUGGUGUUGAAUUUCCCAAUAGAUGUAUAAAAAAUAAUAUAUACAGUGACAUUUACUGAAUGCGUGAACGUAUAUACAAGCCGAUAUAUCUAUGUGGAAAGAGCCAAUUCUGUCAA